AGAAAAUUCGCGCAUGCGCAUAUCAGGUCCACCAUUUUGCGCCAAAGAAGUUCUUCUCUAAAUAAACUUUGGUUCAACUGGAUAUUUCUAUAGGAAAACAAAUUUUACCAGCAGAUUGUCACAGAAAUAACAAAGAUAUGUGGUGUUCCCGUGUGUUCUUGCAGUUUGGUGUAAUAUCUUUACUGUUAACAGGUUGAAAAGUCGUUUUAAAAGUUGACAGAUUUUCCAAAAUUUUUCAAAAAGUGAGCACAAAUCUCAAAAAAUUGAGACAGUGAACGAUCGAUUUCAGACUAUUCGAACAACUGUAGUACCCAAAAAUUUCCUGACGGAUUCUCUGGAGUAUAAGGAUACAGGAUGGAGCCUGUUACAUACGAUCUUGAUACAUCGGGAGGUUUAAUGGACGAGAUUCAGAAGUUGAUAGCUCCCCCUCUUAGUGAUAAUCCACCCCGUAGGAGAAACGAGCAUCGUGAGUACAGGCGACCAGGACGAGCCGUGAACCAUGAUUGUUGUGACAGUUGUAAGGAGGGUGGUGAUCUACUUUGCUGUGACAGAUGCCCUGCUGCAUUUCAUUUACAAUGCCAUGAUCCCCCUUUAGAAGAUGAGGAUCUGCCUACAGGAGAGUGGAUAUGCCACAACUGCAAAGUUACCCCUAUGAUACCAGUUCCUUCAUUACCUGAGAAGGAUGAUGACAAUAUGUCAACCUGUAGCAGCACAAGUAGACAAAGUACAAACUCUCAGGGAAGUAGAACGCGAGUCACUAAACGACGUGCAACAAUCCCCGAGAUCUUAGCCAAUCAGAAGAAAGCAUUACUAGAUGAACUUGAUGACGAGGAUGAAAAAGAAACUGAGCAUCCAUUGAUGAUGUUAACUCGAGCAGCUAAGCUUAUGAAUCCGAAACAGUACGAGUUGCCGUCUGAGUUGGCAUGUACUACUAAUCUACCAGGCACCAGUAAGACAAAAUGGUGGGUGAAGCCGAAGUAUCCCAUAAAGAAGCUAGCGCAUGAGUUAGACAAUGGAAUUGUACCUUUGCCUGCCAAAGUUUGCUUUCUCUGCUCAAAGAGCUGUAGAAAGAAUCCCCUGUUACAAUGUGACUACUGUCCUCUGUUGUACCACAUGGACUGCCUGAACCCCCCAAUGGCUAGCUUACCUUCAGGCAGAUGGAUGUGCCCUAACCAUGCUGAAAACACAGUUGAUGAACAGCUAUUGAAGUCAGUGAGCCUGACAGAGAGGGUGAAGUUGUGGGACCAGUUUUCUGGCCACCUGGACCAGCACUCGGUGAAAGUAAACUUCCUGAAGAAGAUACACAGGAAACACCCGCCAUUUAGGCUGAAAGUCAAGCACAAUAAAAGAAAAAGUGUUCAGAUUCCUGAAGCAAUAAAAGAGCAGUACAAGUUCCCUCCCCCUAUGUUACCACGGACACAUGAUGCCCCAACUACUGAAGGAGAAGCCCACUCAUCUCCAAGACAAUCCGAUACUCCCAACACUGACCAGGAACAAUGGCUCUCCAGUGUAGUUGCCUUACAAACUAGUAUAGCUAGACAUCUAGCACAACAACAACUGAACAAUGUUGAAAUUGAGAAAUCAACGCCUAAAACAACAACUGAAAUAACAAAGCCAACAGCCUCUGUUUUACCCACCGUAAAGCAGGAUCUUACAUCAAAUAGCCCUCCUCCCUCUGAUAGUUGUAACUCCUCAAGUACCAUAGAUGUAAAAAAUAAUAACAAACGGACGCUGAUGAAUGGUGAUGUAAAUGAUACCGCUGAGGAUAUUAUGGAGAAUGGACCUUGUGCCAGUAAAUCAAAUGGACCCACUGGGAUAUCAUUACUUGGUACCCCAAAUGGAGAUUUGGACAUCUCAAUGAAAGGAUUUGACAAAUCAUACGAGGGUACAUCAUUGCUGAAAAAUAGAUCAUCAAGUUUAGAUUCUCCAAAUAGUCUCAUAAACAGUGAGCUGAAAUCGCUGGCUGCGUCACAACAAAAUAUAACAAUAGGUCGGGUACAUCAGCAGCAACAUGACAUGGUGACUGACGGCUCAAAGCUUGCAACAUCGGCUUCCAAUGCUCAGUCUAUUCUUGCCCCAAAGGGGUCAGGGUUCAAGGUCAUAGGCAGUAAAGUGGUGUCGGGGUCAGGGGCCAUGACCAAAGUCAUCAAUGCAUCUCAAGGGAAGAACAGCCCUACUUCUAAUAUACUGAACAACAAACUCUCAGGAAUAAAUCAACUCAGUAACAGCCCUGCUAUCUCCAGCCUCAAUGCGUCACUCCAGGCCUGUAUAGAGGGCAGCACAGACCCAGAUCUCAGCAAAUUAGAUGAGAGGCUGGUUCAAAUUUUGGCACACCAAAGACUACAACAGCUCCUGCCUCAGAAAUCUGCAACAAACAGUAAAACUUUACUCAAUGGACUUCUCUCAAACUCAGGGUCUAAUGAUGUAAAAGCCAGGGCAUUAAUGUGUCCAUUGACAGGGAAGGGACAGCCUGUUCCAAUGUCUUAUAGAUCACUGACUGUUGGCACAGGUGCUGACAUGGAUGUGUGCCUAACUGUAUUUGGACACUGUAACUAUGUCUCUGCUAAACACACCUGUAUUUUCUAUGAUGAGACAUCUCGUCACUUUGAGCUCCUGAACUACAGUGAGCAUGGCACUACAGUUGAUAAUGUCCUCUACUCGUGUGACUUCUCGGAGAAAGCUAUUCUGCAGCCAAAAGUCAGUAAAGUUGUAAAGACUGUAAGGGGUUUAAUCAAGAAAUCUCGAACCAAAGCUGAUAAGUCAAAAGCCAAGGUUGAGCAGAAAGAAGAAGAUAAGGUUACAAUGAGUCAGAGUGCCAAUAAGGAAAGUCAAAUAUGUAGCUGUCGGACAAGUAGCUCGAGCCUUAUAGGAGGCAGUGGUGCAGGCUGGGAAGGCACGGCACUAUUGCACCAUGGGAGUUAUAUAAAACUUGGUUGUAUACAGUUUGUGUUCAGUAUAAUUGACAAUGCGACAGUGGCGCUAAAUCCUGCUAAAACUGAAAGUUUAUUAAAUGAUUCAAUUAACAAUGUUAUGCCAACUUCUAGAUGAUCUUAUGAAUUUUAGACAAUAGGAAAUAUUAUGUAAAAUUAUAAAGGUAACCAUCUUUUGCCUCGGUCCUUUCCUAAGGAAAUCAAAUAAAUAUGCAUAAUAAUUUCACAAGGACUGUCAAUAGAUAGCGAAGAAAUCAGCGGGUCUAAUUUUGCACUUAAACUUCAAAAAUUUCCGAAGAUUAAAUUUG